AUGGAUUCUGUAUUGAUGUUGCAGCAAUUGGGUGAUGAUAAUAAGAAGAGGCCUAGAUGUCACGAGGUCAAGUUCAUGAAAGAACCAAGCACCAAAUCCAGGAAAAUCAACUGCAACUCUCCCUCUCCACUACCUCACUGCAUUACUAGGAACUUGGCUUCGCCAAUGAAUCUGUUAAAGGAAGAUCUGUAUUACACAACUAGGGGUUCCUUCGGGUUGGAUGAUAAUGGUAAGAUGUUAGUGUUAGAUCAUCAUAAUGGUAAUGGCGGUUUGUUAGGCUACCUACCGACUCUUGAGGCGGUUGAUUACUAUAUGCAGCCUUCCUUUGAGGAAUUGGCUGCUCGAGAACGUGUGGAUCCUGGUUAUUGUAGCCGAGUUUUGGACUUUACGGUUGGGAGGUUUGGUUACGGAGCUGUCAAGUAUCCUGGGGAGACUGAUGUUAGGUGUUUGGAGUUGGAUAAAAUUGUGAAAUUCAACAGGCACGAGGUGAUUGUAUAUGAAGACGAGAGUGCUAAGCCUUUUGUUGGCCGGGGCCUUAACAAGCCUGCUGAAGUAACUCUGAUGCUACAAACGAGACUGCCGUGUGUUGACCAGAGGCAGAUAGAACAUAUUGUGAAAAUAUUGAGACACAGCGUGGAGGGACAAGGAGCUCAUUUUGUUUCAUUUAAUCCGGAAAAUGGGGAGUGGAAAUUCUUUGUUAACCAUUUUAGUAGAUUUGGUUUGAUUGAUGAAGAUGAAGAAGAUAUGAUGAUGGAAGAUACUGAUGUAGGUGAAGAUCCUCCAGAAUUAAACCAUGAUGAGAUGUUUGAUGAAGGAAACCAGAUGGAUCGUACUGGAACUGUGCUUUUGCAUUCUCUUCCUGCUCAUCUUGGGCUUGACCCCAUCAAGAUGCAAGAAAUGAGAAUGUUGAUGUUUUCUGAUGCGGAGGAGGAAGCCGAGGAUUUUAAAGAAUCACCUUCACAUUAUAAUCCAUCAUUUGGUAAAGACUACUCGAGAUCUCCUUUACAAAAUGCUCAAAGGAUUAGUCAUCGAUCUUCUCCACCAGCUGUUCGAAAGACCCCUCUAGCAUUGCUCGGGUACAAGCAUGGUAGUUUUGACUCAAACUCUCCUGGUGCCAUUCUAAUGGCACAGGAAAACAAAGCCUUGCCAUUGAAGACACUAAAAGAAGGUUUUAAGCUUGAUCUCAGUAGAGACACACCAGUAACUAGAAAAGAUUCUCGCAACAUAGUUGAUGCAGGUUUGUUUAUGGGUAGGUCAUUUCGAGUAGGAUGGGGCCCAAAUGGAGUUCUUGUCCAUGCUGGCGCACCAAUAGGCAGUAGUGGUUCCCAAAGGGUGCUGUCAUCUGUAAUUAAUAUAGAGAAGGUUGCUAUUGACAAUGUUGUCAGAGAUGAAAGUAACAAGGUUAGAGCAGAACUUGUUGAAACAGCUAUUACUUCUCCAUUGGAGCUUCACAAAGGACUAUAUCAUGAAACAAAAGAAGUUGAAAUUGGAUCCUUCAGUCUGAGACUUCAGAAGCUUGUUUCGAAUCAGUUUAUGCUAUCAGAUAUUUGCAGGAGCUAUGUAGAUAAUAUCGAGAGGCAGCUGGAGGUUCCGGGUUUAUCUUCAUCUGCUUGUUUGGUUUUGACACAUCAAAUUAUGAUAUGGGAAUUGAUAAAAGUUCUUUUCUCUGAAAGAGAAAAUGGCGGGAAACUGGAAUCUUAUGGUGUUGAUGCCAAGGAAGAAAUGGUGCAGGAUGAGAAGCCCCCUUCACAAGAAACCGACCCGGAAGCAUUUCCUCUUAUUAGGAGGGCCGAGUUCAGUUACUGGUUGCAAGAAAAUGUGCAUGAUAGAGUAGAAGAAAUCAUCUCCUUAAAUGAGUCCAAUUAUCUGGAAUCCAUAUUAUUACUUCUGAGUGGGCGGCAGCUGGAUGAAGCUGUAGAAUUGGCUGCUUCUCAGGGAGAUGUGAGAUUGGCUUGUUUGUUAAGUCAAUCUGGUGGGUCCAUGGUUAAUCGUUCUGACAUCGCACGACAGCUUGAGCUUUGGAGUAUUAAUGGACUGGAUAUGAGUUUCAUUGAGAAAGAUAGGAUAAGGCUUUAUGAGUUGCUUGCUGGUAAUGUCCACGGUGCUUUUCAUGAUAUUGAAGUUGAUUGGAAGAGGUUUUUAGGGUUAAUGAUGUGGUAUCACUUGGCACCUAACACUCCAUUACCUAUUGUUUUCCGCACAUAUCAAGAUCUUCUUAAUGAGAAUAAGGCUCCAUUCCCUGUUCCUGUUUAUAUUGAUGGAUGUGUAAAAGAGACUGUGGAUCAGAGUGCAGUGAAACGCUGUGACCUAUCAUAUUACCUUAUGAUGCUACAUGGCAGCGAAGAUAGUGAAGUUGAUUUCCUGAAGACCAUGUUCAGUGCUUUCUCGUCAACAUAUGAUCCACUUGAUUACCAUAUGAUCUGGCAUCAGCGUGCUGUGUUGGAAGCAGUUGGAGUCAUCAGUGCCAAUGAUCUUCAUGUUCUUGACAUGACAUUUGUUUCCCAGUUAUUGUGUCUUGGGCAAUGUCAUUGGGCCAUCUAUGUGGUCCUUCACAUGGCCCAUUGUGAAGACUUUCCAUAUCUUCAUGCUAAUCUAAUUCGAGAAAUUUUGUUCCAGUAUUGUGAUUCGUGGAGCUCACAAAUAUCACAACGCCAAUUCAUUGAGGGCUUGGGUAUUCCAAAAGCAUGGAUUCAUGAGGCUAUGGCAGUUUAUUUCAAUUAUUAUGGGGAUCUUCCGAAGGCGCUUGAACACUUUAUUGAAUGUGAAAACUGGCAGAAAGCUCAUUCUAUUUUUGUAACCUCUGUUGCGCACACAUUGUUCUUGUCUGCCAAACACUCAGAUAUAUGGAGGCUCGCAACUUCAAUGGAGGACCACAAAUCAGAAAUUGAGAAUUGGGACUUGGGAGCUGGCAUCUACAUUUCAUUCUAUCUAACAAGAAGUUCGUUGCAGGGAGCUGAUGAUGCCAUGAGUGAACUGGAUUCUGUUGAAAGCAAAAAUGCUGCUUGCAGAGAGGUUCUUGGUCAGUUAAACAAGUCUUUGGCUGUUUGGGGUGCCAGGCUACCAAUGGACGUGAGAGUCGUGUAUUCAAAGAUGGCAGAUGAGAUUUGCAACUUGCUUUUGCUUGAUAUUAAUGAAUGCCCAACACGAGAUGUUCAGUUAAGUUGCUUUGACACUGUUUUCAGUGCGCCCAUACCUCAAGACGUUCGCUCAAAUCAUUUGCAGGAUGCAGUGUCACUCUUUACAUGCUUUUUAUCGGAAGUUGCUACAUAGGUAGGCCUUCCCCUUUAUCUUUAUGCAUGCUAAACAAAAUCUGAGUGCUUUUUCUGAGAAUUUUGAUAGGCAUUGAUCAAGGCACUUUGCGGACUUGAAAUUGUAAGAAGGCUGCUGCACCAAAUCAUUAUUCCAUUUCACUUUUGUUUGUUCC